AUGGGUCCCUGUAUCUUUUUGGUAGUUGUGCUGCUGCUCUUUGGGGGGCCCCACAGCGCUGCACCUCUUGCUGCUUAUAAAGGCUUGCAAGGCGCUGUAUCCGGUGUACAUACACCCGAGAGGAAGGGGAGCAUCCACUCAAGAGUGGCCUCAGCUUUCCUCACGCGAUCUGCUGCUGCUGUAGCCGCAGCAGCAGCAACAUCAGCAGCAAGAGGAGCUGCUCCACUCGAAAGAAGAGCAGCAGAAGCAUCGGAAGCACGAGCAGCAAAAGCAGCAUCAGCAGUAAGAGCAGCAGCAGCAGGAUCAGCAGCAGAAGUAGCAGCAGAUGGAAAGUUCCCCGUGUGGUCGUUGUCGGAUCUGCCGACCCCGGAUUCUUUGCUGCUUGCUGCAGCAGCAACAGCAGCAAAUAAACACAAGGUACGCGACAUAGUUUGCUUUGUGCGGUGCGCUGCGUGGCAGCGGCCUGCAGAGGAGUAUGAAUCAGAAAGGUUGCUGCUGCAGCAGAAGAGGGGCCCGCUGCUCUCCCCUCACAACAAGCCGGUGUCUUCUACCCGGUGCCUUACCCCAGACUACUUAAAUGACGUCGAGGAGACGAUCCCAGACACGGUCCCAGAGUCGAUCCCAGACACGAUCCCAGAGUCGAUCCCAGACACGAUCCCAGACACGAUCCCAGACUCGAUCCCAGAGACGAUCCCAAAGGCGAUCCCAGAGACGAUCCCAGAGAUGAUCCCGGAGACGAUCGCAGACUCGAUCUCACGGAGGCUCCGCAGGAAGAAAGAGGACCUGCUGAGAGCUGAGUGGGAGGCAAUGCUACUUGUUACGUGUUUGGGCCCCACACACAUUGACUCUGUUGCUGAGACUCUUAUUCAG